UUAUGAAAACAUUUACUCUACAAACUGAUAUACACUGACUGACUUACUGCUGUGAUGUCCAAAAAUGCUUCAAAGUGUAGUCAAUAGCAAACUUCAGGACAGAUUUAAAUUAAAUAAAAUCUGACUGAGCAAAGUCAUGAGAAACGAAUCGUCCAAAUUAUGCAUUUGCCAAAUAUGUCACUGUAGUGCUUUUAAGUGAAUACAAGUUGGUUAAAACAAUAAAUUUUGGUGACCUCAAGAACAACUUUGAAACUUUUAUGAUGCACACCAACCGUCGGCAUAAAUGCCCACACCAAAAACGUAAAACUCAGAUAACUAAGCCAUGUGAAAUUUCUGAAUAUACUACACAGUAUAUCACUCAUAAGCUUACACCAGUGGAAUCAUGUAAACCACCUCAUAAAGGUGUACAAGCUGAAGGUCAUAUGGAGUCGGAUACUACACACCGGGUUGAUUUUAUACCUCAUCCACUGAGUAUUCAAAAUAGUUGUAGAAAAGAAGCACAAUAUCAACCACCACAGGGGACAUUCGAUGGUUUAACUACAUACACAAAGGAAUAUACUGGAAAAUCUGGUCAGCUGGUUGUUCCAGUUAAACCAACUAUUAGAAAAGGUUCCACAGCUAAAUUUGAUGGUGAAGCCACCUAUACUGCUGACUAUAGACCAUGGAAAUUGGAACGACGUGAACUUGCUACAGGUAGAGAAUCGAACUGGCCGAAACCCAAUCUACCAUUUUCUGGAACUCCCACUUAUACAUCUGAUUAUGUUGCAUAUAAUGCAAAACCUCCAAUCAGUUGUAAACCAAUGCACUGUUUCGUUGAAAAUCAAACACCAUUUCCAGAUAGUACUGAUUAUCGUGAUUCAUAUCGUACAUUAGAUUUAUCAGAACGAGCUCGUCCAAUUAAAAAUGUUGAGCAUACACAUAAAGUUACUGUACCAAUGGAACAUUUAUCAACACAUAUGCAUGAUUAUUAUUGGAAGACUAUGAUACCAUCAGUCUCAUGUAAACCGGAAUAUACGGGUAUUCAAAACAACGAACCAUUUCAUAAAGACACAACUCAUCGAAUUGAUUAUAAAGCUUGGGAACUAACUGAUAGAACUGCGCCUAUCUCGGCUAAUCAUGCCUCAACUUAUCCCGAACCACUAGGAAAAAUGUGUUCUGAUACAACCUAUAACAAAGAUUAUAUACCGUUUGGAUUGCAGAAUCGUCAAGCAAUUCAUCAAGUAGAUAAAAUCGGUCGUGGCGUUGAACUACCACCAUUUCAGGGAGUUUCUGAUUAUAAAGACAGUUAUCGGUGUUGGGCAAUUGAACCCCCAGUCAAAGGUUUAGGUAGAGAAGCAACUUACACUAUACCGAAUGUAAAAUUUGAAGGUAAAAGUACCACAAAUGAUCAUUAUGUGCCACAUUUAAAUUAUCGACCACCGGAAUCUUUCAAACCACAUGGUCAAGUUACAGCUAAUCAAACACCAUUCGAUGAUGCAACUUUAUAUCGUAUGGAGUAUACACCGAAACAUUUGGAACCUUGCCCAGCUAGUCUACUUAAUACUGGACUAAGCAAAUAUGUUUAUGAUGAAACGAGUGAUACGGGACACGAAAUCUAUCGUACAGCAUCCAAUUCUUCAUCAAUAACUAAUGGUCAAUAUUCUGAACAACAUCUGAUUACAAUUCCAAAUGAACCGUUAACAGUAGCAAAUUGAAUGAACAAAACAAAAACUUGGAAUUCUCUUUAUUCUCUCUAUUUUGGCUUGGAGAUAUAUAACUCUUUAAAAACCUUUCAUUAGUACUUAUUUGUAAUAGUGUUCUCUUUUCUAUUGAGGGCUAAUUAAUAGCUUUUUUUCUCAAUAAACGGUAGACUUUACCUUUGAAUGCUUUAAAUACUCAAUGUUCCACAGUCCCAUACUGUUUUAAUCAACUCUGAGCAAAAAGAUUUGUUUUUUUUUUAAUUCAUUUUGCUGAAUGAUGGUUUUAGUGACUUAUCAUUUUAUCACUUUGUUAGUAGUGUUGUUUUUUUUAUUCAGAGCACUUAAUUAAUCUUAUUUAUCACCUCUAUUAUUUUUGUUAAAAUUGCGCCUUAAAUCAAAAGUCAAUUGUUUGUUUGUUUGUGUUUGUCCCAAUUGCUUUCACCUCCCUUUUUUUAUUCACUUUUUCUGCGAAAAAAAAUUUUUUUCUUCUCAUUUAAACACUUUAUCUUUUUCAGUUGUUGUCACUUUCUUUGUUUUGAACUACCUGGAAUAUGAGUUUUAAUCAGUUUUAUUGACCAUAUCUUCAUAGAUUAUGGAAACAUUUCAAUAUUUAUGAAUUGUUGAUAUUGGUCAGAAAAAUGAACUGCACAAAAUCAAGUUUCGAAAGUAAUACACUUUUUAGAAAACUACCAUACGUGUUCAUUGUUACUGGCGUAAUAAUAAUAAUAGCCAGUAAACAUCUAGUUUUAUUUCAAAAUUCUUACUGAAUUCAAUACAGUUAUAGUCAUGGAU